AUGUCCCACUUUGGUUCAGAUUCAAUAGAGACUUCCCUCAUACUCCUGCCAGACCUCCUCAUACUCCUGCCAGACCUCCUCAUACCCCCGCCAGACCUCCUCAUACCCCCGCCAGACCUCCUCAUACCCCCGCCAGACCUCCUCAUACUCCUGCCAGACCUCCUCAUACUCCUGCCAGACCUCCUCAUACUCCCGCCAGACCUCCUCAUACUCCUGCCAGACCUCCUCAUACUCCUGCCAGACCUCCUCAUACUCCUGCCAGACCUCCUCAUACUCCUGCCAGACCUCCUCAUACCCCGCCAGACCUCCUCAUACUCCUGCCAGACCUCCUCAUACUCCUGCCAGACCUCCUCAUACUCCGCCAGACCUCCUCAUACUCCGCCAGACCUUCUCAUACUCCGCCAGACCUCCUCAUACUCCGCCAGACCUCCUCAUACUCCUGCCAGACCUCCUCAUACUCCUGCCAGACCUCCUCAUACUCCUGCCAGACCUCCUCAUACUCCUGCCAGACCUCCUCAUACUCCUGCCAGACCUCCUCAUACUCCUGCCAGACCUCCUCAUACUCCGCCAGACCUCCUCAUACCCCGCCAGACCUCCUCAUACCCCGCCAGACCUCCUCAUACCCCGCCAGACCUCCUCAUACUCCCGCCAGACCUCCUCAUACUCCGCCAGACCUCCUCAUACCCCGCCAGACCUCCUCAUACUCCGCCAAACCUCCUCAUACUCCGCCAGACCUCCUCAUACUCCCGCCAGACCUCCUCAUACUCCGCCAGACCUCCUCAUACCCCGCCAGACCUCCUCAUUCUCCGCCAAACCUCCUCAUACUCCGCCAGACCUCCUCAUACCCUGCCAGACCUCCUCAUACUCCCGCCAGACCUCCUCAUACUCCCGCCAGACCUCCUCAUACUCCGCCAGACCUCCUCAUACCCCGCCAGACCUCCUCAUACUCCGCCAGACCUCCUCAUUCUCCGGCAGACUCACCCUUCACAUUUCAAGAACCUACUCAUACCGAUAUGA